CAGCGGUCCAGGCAGUGCCGCGGGGGGCCGGGAGCGGGCCGGCGGCGGCGGCGGAGCAGGCAGAGGCCGGCUGGCCCGCGCUGGGCAGUCCGGGGCGCGCUCCAGCCUCGCCGGCAGUCGGGAGCUGGGGGCUCGGGCCCCCUCCGGCCCGCGUCCGCGCGGCCACAUGGCUCGGCUCCGCGCGCUGCUGACCUGCCUGCUGCCCCUGCACUAUGCGCUCUGCGCCUCCGCGGGCAGCCGGACCCCAGAAAUGCGUCUCUCUGGAAAGCUCCGUGACUAUGGUGUGACAGUGCCAUGCAGCACAGAUUUUCGGGGACGCUUCCUCUCCCACGUGCUGUCUGGGCCAGCAGCAGCCUCCGCCGGGAGCACCGUAGCGGAGGGGCCCCCUGCACCACAGUCACACUCUGGUCCCCUCCGGGUGGCCCGCAGCCUCCCACGCCCAGAAGGAGCCACUCUGCAGCCUGGCCGGGUGGGGCGCCCCUCCCUCUACUUCAAUGUCACGGUUUUUGGGGAGGAACUGCAUCUGCGCCUGCAGCCCAACCAACGGCUGGUGGUGCCCGGAGCCUCGGUGGAGUGGCAGGAGGAUUUUCGGGAGCUCUUCCGACAGCCCCUGCGGCGGGAGUGUGUCUACACUGGGGAUGUCAUGGGCAUGCCUGGGGCUGCUGUUGCCAUCAGCAACUGCGAUGGAUUGGCGGGCCUCAUCCGCACGGACAGCAGUGACUACUUCAUAGAGCCCCUGGAGUGGGGGCAGCAAGAGCAGGAGGCCCGCGGGAGGACGCAUGUGGUGUACCGCCGGGAGGUCCGCCGGCAGGAGUGGGCCGAGCCCAGCGGGGACCUUCACAAUGAAGCCUUCGGCCUGGGUGACCUCCCCAACCUGCUGGGUCUGGUGGGGCAGCCGCUGGGCGACGGGGAGCGGAAGCGGCGGCACGCGAAGGCGGGGAGUUACAGCAUCGAGGUGCUGCUGGUGGUCGAUGACUCGGUGGUGCGUUUCCAUGGCAAGGAGCACGUGCAGAACUACGUCCUCACCCUCAUGAACAUUGUGGAUGAGAUUUACCACGACGAGUCCCUGGGAGCCCACAUAAACAUUGCGCUGGUCCGCUUGAUCAUGGUUGGCUACCGACAGUCUCUGAGCCUGAUUGAGCGUGGGAACCCGUCUCGCAGCCUGGAGCAGGUGUGUCGCUGGGCGCACUCUCAGCAGCGCCAGGACCCCAGCCACUCGGAGCACCAUGACCAUGUGGUCUUCCUCACCCGGCAGGACUUCGGGCCCUCAGGGUAUGCGCCUGUCACCGGCAUGUGCCACCCCCUGAGAAGCUGUACCCUCAACCACGAGGACGGCUUCUCCUCAGCCUUCGUGGUGGCCCAUGAGACAGGCCACGUGCUCGGCAUGGAGCAUGACGGUCAGGGGAACGGCUGCGCCGACGAGACCAGCCUGGGCAGCGUCAUGGCACCCCUGGUGCAGGCUGCCUUCCACCGCUUCCACUGGUCCCGCUGCAGCAAAGUGGAACUCAGCCGCUACCUCCCCUCCUACGACUGCCUCCUCGAUGACCCGUUUGUGCCCACCUGGCCCCGGCCCCAGGAGCUGCCAGGUGUCGACUACUCAAUGGACGAGCAAUGCCGCUUUGACUUUGGCUCUGGAUACCACACCUGCUCUGCGUUCCAGACCUUCGAGCCCUGUAAGCAGCUAUGGUGCAGCCGCCCCAACAACCCAUACUUCUGCAAGACAAAGAAAGGGCCCCCCCUGGACGGGACCGAGUGUGCGCCUGGCCAGUGGUGCUUUAAAGGUCACUGCAUCUGGAAGUCGCUGGAGCAGACUUACGGCCAGGAUGGAGGCUGGAGCUCCUGGACCAAGUUCGGGUCAUGUUCGAGGUCAUGUGGGGGCGGGGUUCGAUCCCGCAGCCGGAGCUGUAACAAUCCCCCCCCAGCCUACGGAGGCCGCCUGUGUUCAGGGCCUGAGUUCCAGUACCAGAUAUGCAACAGCGAGGAGUGCCCUGGGCCCUAUGAGGACUUCCGGGCCCAGCAGUGUGCCAAGCGCAACUCCUACUACAUCCACCAGAAUGCCAAGCACAGCUGGCUCCCCUAUGAGCCUGAGGACGAUGCCCAGAAGUGUGAGCUGAUCUGCCGGUCGGAAGACACAGGGGAUGUGGUCUUCAUGAACCAGGUGGUCCACGACGGCACGCGCUGCAGUUACCGGGACCCAUAUAGCGUCUGUGCCCGCGGCGAGUGUGUGCCCGUCGGCUGUGACAAGGAGGUGGGAUCCAUGAAGGCAGAUGACAAGUGUGGGGUCUGUGGCGGCGACAACUCUCACUGCAGGACUGUGAAGGGGACACUGGGCAAGGCCUCCAAGCAGGCAGGAGCUCUCAAACUGGUACAGAUCCCAGCAGGUGCCCGGCACAUCCAGAUUGAGGAACUGGAGAAGGUCCCCCACCACAUUGCGGUGAAGAACCAGGUCACAGGCAGCUUCAUCCUCAACCCCAAGGGCAAGGAAGCAAUGAGCCGGACCUUUACUGCAAUGGGCCUGGAGUGGGAGUACGUGGUGGAGGACGCCAAGGAGAGCCUCAAGAGCAGUGGGCCCCUGCCUGAAGCCAUUGCUGUCCUGGUGCUCCCCCCAGCCGAGGGGGGCCCCCGCAGCAGCCUGGCCUACAAAUACGUCAUCCAUGAGGACCUGCUGCCUCUUAUCGGGAGCAACAACGUGCUUCUGGAGGAGACGGACACCUACGAGUGGGCGCUCAAGAGCUGGGCCCCGUGCACCAAGUCCUGUGGAGGAGGGAUCCAGUUUACCAAAUAUGGCUGCCGGCGCCGCCGUGACCACCACAUGGUCCAGCGGCACCUGUGCGACCACAGGAAGAGGCCCAAGCCCAUCCGCCGGCGCUGCAACCAGCACCCAUGUGCCCAGCCCGCGUGGGUGACGGAAGAGUGGGGUGCCUGCAGCCGGAGCUGUGGGAAGCUGGGGGUGCAGACCCGAGGGGUGCAGUGCCUGUUGCCCCUCUCCAACGGUACCCACAAGGCCAUGCCGGCCAAGGCCUGCCCUGGGGACCGGCCCGAGGCCCGGCGGCCCUGCUUCCGUGUGCCCUGUCCAGCCCAGUGGCGCAUGGGAGCCUGGUCCCAGUGCUCUGCCACCUGUGGAGAAGGCAUCCAGCAGCGACAAGUGGUGUGUCGGACCAACGCCAACAGUCUCGGGCAGUGUGAGGGGGACAAGCCGGACACCGUUCAGGUCUGCAGCCUGCCAGCCUGUGCAGGAAAUCUCCAGAACUCUACAGUGAAUACUGACAUUCAGGAACCUGUGACCCCAGAAGAAGAGUGGGUGCCACAGUCUGGGCCCCUACAUCCCAUUAACAAGAUAUCAUCAACAGAGCCGUGCACGGGGGACCGGUCCAUCUUCUGCCGGAUGGAAGUUCUCGAUCGCUACUGCUCCAUCCCUGGCUACCACCGGCUCUGCUGUGAGUCCUGUACCAAGAGGGCCGUGGGCCCCGACACCAGCCUGGACCCAAGCCUGACCUCAGCACCACCCUUCUCCACCCCCGGGAGUCCUCUGCCAGGACCCGAGGCCCCUCCAGAUGCUGUGGAGCCCACCGUGGGGCCGACAGGAGCAGAUGACCAUCAGCAUGGCCGGCCCACACAGCUCCCGAGGCCUCUGGGCACCAGCUCCCCAGUGACCCAGCACCACUCUCCUCCCCAGAAUCUGAGUCCUCGGGCAUCCUGGGGCACUUCCCCCAGCGCCCCCCGGGGACUGCCCUGAGGCUGGACCAGGGCACCUGUGCCCGUCUCCAAGGAUAAAGGACAGCUCAGGGAAGCCCCGAAGCCCCCAGGCACCAGCCUCCCCACUACAUCCCUGGUCACAUGAACCUCCUCUUGCCUCUCCCACCAGUCAAGUUUACAGUGUGUGCUGCCUCAGAGAGGACCGGGCUCGGAGGACACACAGCGGGACAGGGCAAACACAGACUGCCUUAUAAAUUAUUUGCCUUCUUGUUGUUCUAGUUUAGGGCUAUGGCACUUCACCCCAUGAUGUGGGUGUGCGAGGACGAAAAAGAUCAGGGAAAGCCCCUAACCGGAGACCCGGGGGCGACACAGCCGAAUUUCUCAGGGGCUCCUGUCCGUCUCCUGGCGGGACUGAGGGUCGUCUGGCCCCUCUUCCUCACGGCCACACCUUGGGCCCCAUGCUGGAUCCCUCCAGCUGCCUGCCUUUGCCAGCACAUGUGGGGACCACCAUGGAGGCUCAUUCUGUCCGGGUGCCCUGCCCAGAGAGGCCAAGUGGGGCAGGGAAGGUGAGGAGGAGCGUUCUCAGGGCAGUCCAUGGGGAAAGGGGCGCGGGUGCGUGUGGUCACGAGGCUCUGGCUCCAGGGCUGGGGGGGGUGGUCGGUGGGGAGGCAAGUUCAUCUCAGGCCCAGCUCUUCUUAGCAAGAGCUCCACACAGCUCCUCCCGCCAAGGCCAAGAGCAGAGUCCAGCUCAUCUCUGCCGGCUGGAAGGCAGAGUUGGCCACGUCUGCCCUUGCCGAGGGCAUUUCCUGUUCCUUCUGGUGCUUCCCAACUUCACUCAGCCCAGCCCAGCCCAGAGAAGGGGGCUCUGGACUCUCUGGAAUGUGUGUCCCCCUCAUCCAGGGCCAGCUGGUGCUAGCCUGCCCGCUGAAGCCAGAGUGUCAACCUUGGCCAUCAUGCUGGGGCAUGAAGGGAGGCAGACGUGGAAGGUCACUUUGUGGGACACAGAAACAGGAGUUCUCAGGUCGUGCCCCAUCAAGCCUUGGUCUCCGCCAAAGACCGCUCCUCCUGGAGUCAGGGGUCUUCUCCCGCAUGGCUCGAGCUGGGCCAGAGGUUAGUGGUGCUAGGGCAAGGGGGUGUGGUCAUGUCCCCAGGCUGAGGACCAGAGUCCCCCUCCAACAGGCCCAGUGGCCCCCGGCAGGAUGUAAGCCUUGCUCCAUGUUGGAGUGGGGAGUGGAGAUGUGACCCACAGUGCUGUGGGACCUCAGCCACCCUCCGUGUUACCUCCAAAGACAGGUGACUUCUCUAGACCUCUCAGGAAACCUCCUGGGUUCCCAGGAAUUCUCCCAAGGGUUCUUACUCCCAGUCAUGCAAGGGUCUCCCGGACUCCGCAACGGGUGCUAGAGGCACUUGCCAGGCUUCCUUCCCAGGGACAGGGGUGGGGGGCUGUUCUGAGCAGGCUGGAGGACUAGGAGCAGUGGGUCCCUGUUUGCAACCUCUGGAGAAUAGCGGCCCUGGAGGGGGCCCCCUUGUGCCCUCUCCAUCCACUGCUGCCCCUCCCUGGGAUGCUGGGACGCAUGCUGAGUCAUUCCUGUGAGCCCCAAACUGCCCGCUUUAGGACACACAUUCUUGUGCCUCUGAGAUCCAGAUAUCUACAUUUUUAUGUAUUUAUUAACACUGUCCUUGGUGUUUUGUUUUGGACCCCAAAGUGUCGUGUUGUGUUUUUCUUGUUCUCUCUGUUCUAGAGGAAAAGGUCUGUGAAGCAACUUUUUUACGUGCUCUGCUGGGCAAGAUAAGUAGGGGGAGGGAAUGGACUGGGGGUCAGUCAGGGCCGUAGACCCUCAGCCCCCUGCCUUGGCCUCACUCGUUCUGGGGUUCCUCUGAGCACUAGCUCAGUGUGGAGACGCAAGAACAGCGCCACGGGCUGGGGAUUCUUCCAUUCAGUAGUUCUGUGGCCUUGGGUAGGUCACCAUCCAGAAUCUGAUCCAAAGGAUAGACAUGCCUGGGAGGUGGUUUCGGGGUGUGCUUAGGGAAGAAUGUUCUAAUUAGCGGAGCUGUUCAGACAUGCAAAAGGUGUCUUCUGUAGACGGUGCAGGGGGGUGCUGAGGACUCUCCCCAGAAAAGUCCAGGCAGAAAGAGAGUGCCAGACAGGAGGGAGAAGGAACGUGACCCGCCUGGGUGAGCAGGGAGAGCUGAUGGAGCUCGUAGAGCUUAAAGCCGUCCCUCCGUGCCUCAUACCUUGCUGGGUCACACAUCGCUAAUCCACCACCACACUUUGUAUUUUUUAAGAGCGAGAGAGGUGUGGGGAGGGGCAGAGGGAGAGAGAGAAUCUUAAGCCGGCUCCACAGCCAGUGUGGAACCCAAAGCGGGGCUCGAUCUUAUGACCCUGAGAUCAUGACCUGAGCUGAAA